CACACUUCCGCUCGUCCCCGUCUUGAUUUCCGUUUUACUUCCGGGUGUGCACUUCGCCUUGCUGCGGUGUUUUCAGCCAAACAACAGUGGUUCUUACACCAUGAAGAUCCUUACCUGGAACAUAAAUGGCAUAAGGACUUUCAGAGGAGGCAUUAAAAAGGCCCUCGAGUCCCUGGACGCAGAUAUAAUCUGUGUUCAAGAGACAAAAGUAACAAGAGACCUGCUUGAUGAAAGAACUGCUAUUGUUGAUGGCUAUAACUCCUACUUCAGCUUCAGUAGAGGACGCAGUGGCUACUCAGGAGUUGCCACUUACUGUAAGGACAGUGCCACUCCAUUUGCUGCUGAGGAGGGUCUCACAGGUCUGCUGACCAGUCAUGAUGGUGCUGUUAGAUGCUACGGGGACCAGACUGAGUUCUGUAGCGAGGAGCUGCAGCUUUUGGACAAUGAGGGUCGAGCAGUUAUCACACAACAUAAAGUCAUGUGUCAGGGCAAAGAGCAAACAAUUACAGUCAUCAAUGUAUACUGUCCACGUGCUGAUCCUGAGAAGCCGGAGCGGAAGCAGUUCAAACUGCAGUUCUACAAGUUGCUCCAGUGUCGGGCUGAGGCUUUGCUUAAAGACGGGAGCCAUGUGAUUGUUUUAGGGGACGUAAACACAUCUCACCGGCAAAUCGAUCACUGUGACCCCAGUGAUAUUGAGGAUUUUGGUGAAAACCCUGGGAGGAAAUGGCUGAAUGGCUUUUUGCACGGUGGCAGUCAAGAAGAGGAAAGCACAGAAGAUGAACCUGAUGAAGACUCUCAGGUAACUUUGACAGACUCAAACAACACUGGGAAAUUUCUGGAUACCUUUAGAUAUUUCCACCCAACUCGUACAAGCGCCUUCACAUGCUGGUCCACUCUCACCGGAGCGCGGCAGACCAACUAUGGCACACGCAUCGACUACAUAUUCGCAGACUGCCAGCUAACCAAGGAGCAGUUUGUGGAUGCAGACAUCAUGCCGGAGAUGGAGGGGUCAGAUCACUGCCCUGUGUGGGGGAAACUGAGUAGCUCUCUGGUACCCAGCUCCAAACCUCCUCCCCUCUGUACUCGCUACCUGCCGGAGUUCGCCGGCAAGCAGCAGAAACUGUCCCGCUUUCUUGUAAAGGUGGACCAGAAGCCAGUUCAGUCUGAGCCGAGGGAAGCUUUACCUGGAUCACAAGAGGAGGACGAGAGGAGGGAGAAUUUAAUUCCAGUUGGAGCUGGUAAGAAACGGUUAUUAACAUCAGACGCUGCUCUUCCAAAGGGGAAAAAGGCAAAGACGGUAAAGGCUUCUCCAAAGCCACAGGGCAGCCUACUUAACUUUUUCAAACCCAAACUCACAAAUGUCCCCUCAACUGAAGCCUUUAGUGAAAAAGCCUUCAGUCAGUGUGAAGUCACCUCGUCACAAAACUCCCAAAAGUCUUCCACAGCUAGUGAGGAGGAGUCUUCAGUCACAAGCACGGUACCUGAAGUUACUGAACCUGUCUCGUCUGAUUCGACUAAGCUCUCUACCACAGAAGAAGAACAGGUGAAGAGGAAACAGUGGACCCCACAGCCUUCUGGAGGUAACACCGAUUCAAAGAAGGGGGCAUCAUCAGUGUUUUGGAAGUCGGUGCUUCAUGGACCUCCACCGCCGCCUCCCUGCAAGGUCCACAAGGAACCCUGUGUGCUCCGUACUGUAAAGAAAGAGGGGCCCAACAUGGGCAAACAGUUCUUCGUGUGCUGCCGACCUCAGGGUCACACCUCCAACCCAGAAGCUCGCUGUAAUUUCUUUAUGUGGGUCGAGAAAGGGAAGUGACAUUUUUACUGUACGGACUGUAAGUUGGGUCACAAGUCAAACCAAACCAAACAUGCAUUUUAAGAUUACUUUGUAGAUUUUUCAUCCUCACACAGAUGUGUUUUGUUUACUUUGUGUUUUGUAGUUUUAUAAUAAAUAGUAAUCUAGUUUUCUAUUA